GGAGGCGGGGACUAGGGGAGGCUUUCGGAUGCUAUUACCGGGUUGGGCGGGCCGGGUCGGGGAGGGGUUUGUGGGUGAACCCUGGGUCCCCCGCCCGCUGAGGAGAUGGAUGAGGAUGGGCUUCCUCUCAUGGGGUCAGGCAUAGACCUGACUAAGGUGCCAGCUAUUCAACAGAAAAGAACGGUGGCAUUUCUAAACCAGUUUGUGGUGCAUACUGUACAGUUCCUCAACCGAUUUUCUACAGUUUGUGAGGAGAAACUGGCAGACCUUUCUCUUCGUAUCCAGCAAAUUGAAACAACUCUCAAUAUUUUAGAUGCAAAGUUGUCAUCUAUCCCAGGGCUAGAUGAUGUCACAUUUGAAGUAUCUCCUGUAAGUGUCACUAGGAUCACAAAUGAAACACAUUCUGAAACCACUUCAGAGCAAUCACAGCUGAACAGUUUACAAGACUCUGGACCACAGGAAAGUGAAGUAACACCAGAAAAUAUCUUAACUGUAGCCAAGGAUCCAAGAUAUGCCAGAUAUCUCAAAAUGGUUCAAGUGGGUGUUCCAGUCAUGGCAAUAAGAAACAAAAUGAUAUCAGAAGGACUAGACCCAGAUCUUCUUGAUAAAGAACAGACUUCUGGGGCUUCCCUGAUGGAGCAGUGGUUAAGAUUCCUCCUGCCAAUGCAGGGGACACGGGUUCGAGCCCUGGUCCAGGAAGAUCCCACAUGCCGCGGAGCCACCAAGCCCAUGUACCACAACUACUAAGGCUGCACUCUAGAGCCCGCGAGCCACAACUACUGACCCCGUGUGCCACAACUACUGAAGCCUGUGCACCUAGAGCCCGUGCUCUGCAGCAAGAGAAGCCACCACAAUGAGAAUCCCACACACUGCAACAGAGUAGCCCCCGCUCACCGCAACUAGAGAAAGCCUGCACGCAGCAACAAAGACCCAACACAGCCAAAAAUAAAUAAAUAAAAUAAAUAUAAAAAACAAAAAAAUAGAAAUAAAGAACAAACUUCUGAAAUUGAAAUUUAACUGGUCACACUCUUAAUAGUAGGAGGGUGCAGUUCGUAGCAUACUGAUUUGGCUAAAGAAAGCAAGUUACUUUGCAGGCUUUAAACAGAACCAGCUCAGCUGGCAUUUGUCCUGGACUUAUCUAUUCAAAGUACAUUUAUACCUUCCUCCCAGCCUGUGGAAUGACCAUGACUAUGGUUGCCAGAAAUAGAAGUAACCACCUCAGCCUACUUGUCACUGAGGCAAGAGGAGAUUCAUUAGUGUUAACCAAACAGAUACUGGAAAGCAAGAAAACUUUAUUUAAUUAUAUUUAAGGCAUAUCCAGCAGAUUUUCCUGCCCUCUAAUGGAAUACCUUAUCUGCCAAUGAUCUUCGUCUGUCUCCUGCUACAGAACAAUAUAAUGGAUUAAAGGUUGGGUUUUGGCUGGUUACGGAUAGAAUUGAUCUCAAUUCCCCGACUGAACAAUUCCAGAAAUAGGGGUUUUUUGUUUUUUUUGUCUUUAAUAUUUAUUUUAUUUAUUUAUUUGGCUGUACCGCGUCUUAGUUGUGGCAUGGGGUAUCUUCUUUGCAGCGUGCAGGAUCUUUAGCUGUGGCAUGGAGGAUCUUUAUUUGCAGCAUGCGGGAUGUUUUAGUUGCAACAUACGGGAUCUAGUUCCCUGACCUGGGAUUCAACCUGGGCCCCCUGCUUUGGGAGCGUGGAGUCUUAACCACUGGACCACCAGGGAAGUCCCCCAAAAUAGGUUUUUUUACUCGUUCCAUUUUUUUAGUUUUUGCUGAGCUGGGAUUCCAUUCAGGGUAAUUACCUUGACCACUGGCUGGCAGACUGACUAGAAAGUAUAGGACAGAAAAAAAACAAUGUCAGAAAAUUGUGAUGAGUCCACUGUUGGAGACCUUGAUCACAAGAGUAAGAAAUAAUAAAAAUAUCAAAGAGGUGGUGUUAAAAAGCAGUUAUGGGUCUUCCCUGGUGGCUCAGUGGUUAAGAACCUGCCUGCCAAUGCAGGGGACACGGGUUCGAGCCCUGGUCUGGGAAGAUCCCGCAUGCCGCGGAGCAACUAAGCCCAUGCACCACAACUACUGAGCCUGUGCUCUAGAGCCCACGAGCCACAACUACUGAGCCCGCGUGCCACAACUACUGAAGCCCACACGCCUAGAGCCCGUGCUCCGCAACGAGAAGCCAUCGCAAUGAGAAGCCCGUGCACCACAACGAAGAGUAGCCCCUGCUUGCUGUAACUAGAGAAAAAGCCCGCGCGCAGCAACAAAAGACCCAACGCAGACAAAACUAAAAUAAAUAAAUAUAUUUAAAAAAAGCAGUUGUGGUCUUCCAGUGUCUAGCAAGCAAGAGAUAGAGAGUUGUUGGAAGUAAAGAACCCCAAGAUAAACAGCAGAAACCCAUCUUACCUAGGAUGGCUGGCUUUCUUUUUCUUUAUGCUAUUAGACAUUACAUUGUUUCUCUGGCUCUGGGAAUCUGCCACAGAUUCCCACAAAGGGCGGGACAUACCUGUCUUGAUGGGCAUUCAGAAAUGGAAAGACCAAAGUAUGUGUAGUUUGAGUAAAUGUAAUGCUGAAGUAAGUCUUACUGGUUACUAUGUAACAUCAAAGUCAAAAUUGUCUUUUUUUUUUUUUAACUACCCCAAAUGUCUUUAUGUAGUCACUGCAAUCUCAGUUCAGGAAUUCAGUGUUUUGCUAUUUCCUUAAGACCACUUAUUGCCAUUGCAUAAAGCUCUGAGAACAACACUAAUUGACAAGUAUAAUGUGACGUUAAAACUUUGUAUGUGCUCUAGUUGAUAUUGAAAAGUGAUUUGAAUGAUAACUAUUGCACCCUCUCCCCACAAUCCUCCUACUCAGCAGUAGUUUUACUAACAAUGUUUUUGCCACUUAAUCUGCUUUACAUUCAACUGUUUUAAAUUUAAAGAAAAUUAAAAAUAUCUUUAAACUAUUUACCUACAUAAAUAAAUGUUUUUCCAAAGAAUGUUUAUGUUGUUUGGUGUCCUUAAAGUGGCUGUGGUUUUAAACACGAAUAUAAAUAUCUCUUUAAUGAAAACAAAUCAAACCAAUGAUAUUUGUAUUUUAAGACUCAGUUUAUGUACAGGAUCAGAAAAACUAACUCAAACUAGCUUAAGCAAAAAGGAAAGUUAUUGACUCACAAACCUAAGAAGUCUAAGUAGGACAGAAUCAGGGGCGCAGCACCAUCAGUACUGGCUGGCUGGCGUUCUCUCUCACCUGGCACCUCUGUCCACCUUUACUCCUUGGCAUAAUCAUCCACUUCUCUCCUACUGCUGAUGAGCUUCCUUUCCUCCUGGAAAACAAGGAACUAGCAAAUAAUAUUUGCUUUAUAUUUUAAAUAGCUAUAAUAUUGCUAGUUUUUGCCAACUGAAAGGAAAGAGAGCCCCUUUUCCAUAAUCCAAGGCUCAUUUCUGGGGAAGCAUUCUGAUUGUCAUGCUUGGGUAUGAGCACUCCCUUGAAUUGAUCUCUUUCCAGGUAAAGAGAUUCUUCUGACCUGCCAGGCCUGGAUUAUGUGACUGUAACAAAGAAAGAGUAUAAGGAAGGGAUGAGGGCAAUAGGGAUUGUGGUUGAUAGUCUUAUUUAUUCCCAUAAAUGGGAGAAAGGUGACAAAAUGCACACAGCAUCUGGUAUGCUAAAAAGUACUGAUUUGUAUAUGGUUAGUACUUCCUUCUUUCCUUUCCUUUCUAAAUUUUGGCUCACUUUUAGUUCAGGUCAACCUAGUAACUUCUUUGAAAAUACUUCUUUUUAAACAAAUUAAACUUAGUAAAGAGUUUAAAGUUGAACUUUAAAAAAUUUUGCUUUUACUAAGACUUUUAUUGAUAAUCUGGAUGCCACAAAUUAUAUAAAUAUGCUUAUUAAAAUGUAGCUACCAAGCUAGUGUUUUCUAUUGUAACUACUAAAGGUUGAGAUUUUAGAAAAAUAUACAUGAUAAAUCAUGAAUAUACUUAUGACUUUAUAUAUUUUUCUGCAUUUUGCUGAUGUACUCUUUUUUAGUGAUUCACUUAUAUGUUUAAACUAUUGAGAGGAUUAUGCAGUCUUCAUUUUCAGAUUUUAGUAAUGAAGUGUAGCCAGUAGUUUAAAGUAGCAACCUUUUUAAACAUAUCUUUAAAACUUCUUUCUAUGAAGAAAUUUACAACAAACAUUUCAUUCAUAUAUAUAUAUAUAUAUAUAUAUAUAUAUAUAUAUAUGGUCAAGCAAGAGCAAUUCUGAUCAUAACAUAAAAAGCCAAAUUUCUGUUCCCCCUAAGAAUAUGAAUAUCCAGUCUGGAAAUGAUGUUGUGAGUUCUAUUAUUAUAUUAACAUUUGUAAAGCUUUUUUUUUUUUUAAUGUAUUUAUUUAUGGCCGUGUUGGGUCUUCAUUUCUGUGCAAGGGCUUUCUCUAGUUGUGGCAAGCGGGGGUCACUCUUCAUCGCGGUGCGCAGGCCUCUCACUAUCGCGGCCUCUGUUGUUGCGGAGCACAGGCUCCAGAUGCGCAGGCUCAGUAAUUGUGGCUCACGGGCCCAGCCGCUCCACGGCAUGUGGGAUCUUCCCAGACCAGGGCUCGAACCCAUGUCCCCUGCAUUGGCAGGCAGACUCUCAACCACUGCGCCACCAGGGAAGCCCUGUAAAGCUUUUAAAAGUUAUAAAAUGCUUUCAUGUAUUACCUCAUUUGAGUCUCAUGAUUUUUGAAGUUUUUCUCUUUUAUGUACAAAAGGAACUCUAGUGUGUAGCUUUUCUUUUGUUUUCAUAGCAAUUCCAAUUCAAAAUAGCUUUAAAUUUCUUUUCUUUUAUUUAUUUAUUUUUGGCUGCUUUGGGUCUUCAUUGCUGUGCAUGGGCUUUCUCUAGUUGCAGUGAGUGGGGGCUGCUCUUCAUUGUGGUGCAUGGGCUUCUCAUUGUGGUGGCUUCUCUUGUUGCAGAGCACGGACUCUAGGUGUGUGGGCUUCAGUAGUUGCGGUGCACAGGCUCAGUAGUUGUGGCGCACGGGCUUAGUUGCUCCGCAGCAUGUGGGAUCUUCCCGGACCAGGGGUCGAACCCGUGUUCCCUGCAUUGGCAGACGGUUCUUAACCGCUGCAUCACUAGGGAAGCCCUAAAUUUAUUUUAAAAUGAAUGAGGGCAAACAAAAGUAUUGGUGAGAAUAUGAACCUUGUGCACUGUGGGUGGGAGUGUAAAAUGAUGUAACUGCUAUGGAAAGCAGUAUGGCAAUUUCUCCAAAAAUUAAGCAUAGAAUUACCAUAUGAUCCAGCAAUUCCACUUCUGGUUAUAUACCCAAAAGAAGUGAAAGCAGGGACUCAAACAGAUACUUGUAUACUUGUGUUCAUAGCAGCAUUUUUCACAAUUGCCCAAAGGUGGAAACAACCCAGAUGUCCAUCCACAAGUGAAUGGGUAAACAAAACGUAGUAUGUGCAUACAAUGGAGUAUUAGUCAUCCUUAAACUGGAAGGAAAUUCUGAUACAUGCUGCAACAUGGAUGAAUCUUAAAGACAUGAUAAAUGAAAUAAGCCAGUCACAAAAAGACAAAUAUUACAUGAUUCUACUUAUAUGAGGUACUCAGACAAAUUCAUAGAGACAGAAAGUAAUGGAGUGGUUGUCAGGGGCUGGAAGGAAAGAGAAAUGAGGAGUUAUCAUUUAAUUGGUACAGAGUUUCAGUUUUGCAAGAUGGAAAGAAUUCUGUAGGUGGAUAGUGGUGAUGAUUGCACAACACUGUGAGUAUACUCAACACUACUGAACUGUACACUUUAAAAUGGUUAAGUUGGUAAAUUUUAUGUUAUGUCUGUCAUACCACAAUAAAAGAAAAAAAUGAAUGAGGACAGAGAAUAACAAGUGUUGACAAGGAUAUGGAGAAAUUUUAACCCUCAUAUUCUGCUGGUGGAAAUGUAAAAUGGUGCAUCCACUGUGGUAAAAAGUUUGACUGUUCCUCCGAAAGUUAUACAUGGAGCUACCAUAUGACCCAGCAGUUCCACUCCUAGGUUUAUACUUGAGUAUUGAAAACAUACAUUCACACAAAAACUUGUACACAGGGCUUCCCUGGUGGCGCAGUGGUUGAGAGUCCACCUGCCGAUGCAGGAGACACGGAUUCGUGCCCCGGUCCGGGAGGAUCCCAUAUGCCAUGGAGCGGCUGGGCCUGUGAGCCAUGGCCGCUGAGCCUGCGCGUCCGGCGCCCGUGCUCUGCAACGGGAGAGGCCACAGCAGUGAGAGGCCCGUGUACCGCCAAAAAAAAAAAAAAACUUGUACACGGAUGUUCCUAGCAGCAUUAUUCAUAACAUCCAAAAAGUAGAAAUAACCUAAAUGUUCAUCAACUGAUGAAUGGAUAAGCAAAAUGUGGUAUAUCCAUGCAAUGGAAUAAUAUUGAGCCAUAAAAAGGAAUGAAGUACUGAUAAAUGCUACAACAUGGGUGAACCUUGAAAACAUUAUGCUAAGUGAAAGAAGCCAGACACAAAGGCUGAAUAUCCUUGAUCCUAUUUAUAUGAAAUGUCCUGAAUAGGCAAAUCCAUAGACACAGAAAAGUUGAUUCAUGGUUGUCAGAGGAUGAGGGUAAAAGGAAAUGGAGAGUGUCUGCUAAUUGGUUUUGGGUUUCUUUUUGGAGUAAUGAAAAUGUUCUGGAAUUAGAUAGUGGUAAUGUUUUCACAACCUUGUGAAUAUACUAAGAAACACUAAUUUGUACAGUUUUAAAUGGUGAAUUUUAUGGUAUGUGAAUUAUACCUCAAUUAAAAAAUAAGUGACUACUUAAGUGUCCAUCAACAGAUGGUUAAAGAAGAUGUGGUAUAUAUGUCCAAUGGAAUACUACUAAACCGUACAGAAGAAUGAAAUUUUGCCAUUUAGAUGGACUUGGAGGGCAUUAUGCUAAGUGAAAUAAGUCAGGCAGAGAAAGACCAAUACUGUCUGAUCUCACUUAUACCUGGAAUCUAAAAACACAACAGACUAGUGAGUAUAACAAUAAAGAAGCAAACACAGUUAUAGAGAACAAACGAGUAGUUACCAGUGGAGAGAGAGAAGGGGGAGGGACAAUAUAGAGGUAGGGGAUUGAAAGGUACAAACUAUUACAUAUGACAUAAAUAAGCUACAAGGAUAUAUUGUACAGCACAGGGUAUAUAGCCAAUAGUUUAUAAUAGCUAUAAAUGGAGUAUAACCUUUAAAAAUUGUGCAUCACUCCAUUGUACACCUGUAACUUAUAUAAUACUGUACAUAAACUAUACUUCAAAAAAAACGAGGGCUUCCCUGGUGGCGCAGUGGUUGAGAGUCCGCCUGCCGAUGCAGGGAACACGGGUUCGUGCCCCGGUCCGGGAAGAUCCCACAUGCCGCGGAGCGGCUGGGCCCGUGCACCAUGGCCACUGAGCCUGCGCGUCCAGAGCCUGUGCUCCGCAACGGGAGAGGCUGCAACAGUGAGAGACCCACGUACUGCAAAACAAACAAACAAACAAAAAAACCCGAAAUGACUACUUAAGAUUCCUAAACUUAGUUGUGUAAUUUCAGUGAAAGCUUACAUUUCAUAUAACUUUUCCCCACCCUCCACCUAUUGCCCCUGCAUGACCUAAUCUCAUCUACUGUUGUACCCCAGUUACUUUACACCCUAGCUACUGAAAAACUUACAUGUCCCAAAUGUACUGUGUUGCACCAUUCCCAUUUUUUUCUUUACUCAGGAUACUCUCAUCCCCACUUACUCCCACAUUUUCUGUUUCUGCCAAAUUCACACUCAUCCCACACACCUUCACAAGUGUCUCCACCUCUCUGGAGUCUUCUGUGACCAACCCUAGUAGAGUGAAUUACCUUUUCUUUUCAAACAAGUGUAGUUAGUACAAUUAUAUUUUUGUGUGUCACACUGUGUAACAAUAAUUUGUUUGCAUUUCUGUCUCCCCCACUAAAUUACCAGCUUCCUCAGAGCAGUAAGUGCUUGUUAUUCAUCUCUGUACCUCCAGCACCUAACACAGUUCUUGGCAAGUAGUAGGUGCAUGAUAGAUGAGAAUAAUAAUAAUAGAUAACCUUUAUUUAAUAUACUUACUAUGUGCCACAUAUUACUAGUAUACUUUACAUUUAAUAAUUCAUCUUAAUCAUCACAACAAUCCCAUCAGUGAGUUGGGUACACAGUGUGGUUAAAUAGCUUC